CUACCGAGGGAGAUAUCAAACCCUAAUUAGACCACACACAGAACGGAGAACAUCAUCUAAUGGCUAGGCGUACGAAGAAGGCUAGAUGUAAAGAAAAAGAUCGAAUCAGCAAAUUGCCAGAUGAACUCAUUCACCAAAUAAUGCGCUUCAUAGAUACUCGAUCAGCAGUUCAAACCAGCGUUCUCUCGAAACGAUGGAAGCUUCUCUGGACCACUCUCCCUUUUCUCAAUUUCAAUAGCUACGACAAAUAUUAUUACCCUAACAAACUGGCCUUUUACAACACUCACAAGAGAGUCUUCGCUGAUCGAAACCACGAAUAUCAAAUCCUGCAGCUCGAUCUCCAUCCUCCUAUUGGCCUCACUGCACGGAAGCUGCAAAAGUACGUUAAGUACGCCACUUCACACCACGUCGAACGAAUGAAUAUUAGAUCAUAUCGUUAUUGUUCGUUAUCUACUUUCAAUUCGAGCUCGCUAUGCGAACUUAAGCUCACGAUGAAUUUUGAAACUUUUAAGGUCAUGAAAUUGGAUUGUUGGAGUUUACCUAACUUAAACACUCUGACUUUGAAAUCGUACAGUCAUAAGAAAAGUUGCCAGUUACCGAUAAUUUGUUUGAUGUGUUUGCCUGCCUUGACGACUCUUGUGCUUAACCGAUGUGUGUUGCCUGAUUCUUUCGGUUUGCCUAAUUUGAAGACUCUAUGUCUAGAGUCAUGUAAUUUACCCAAAAAGGUGUGGGAUUUUCCAGCUUUGUUAACUCUGCAGCUUAGUAAUGUGCGUUUUCCUGUGGACUUUGGUGAGUACAUCCUUGCACUUGGCAGUCUACGGAAUCUGGAAAUAGAUUUUGGUAACAAUGAUAUAGGAUGUAAUUGUGAAAUAUCAAGCUCCCAGCUGGUGAAUCUGAAAAUCAGGGCCAUCUUGAAUGAUGCCAAUGCAAUUAAGGGGAAAAUUGUGGUGUGGGCACCGAAACUCUGUAAUUUUAGUGCUGUAGGGUUCUUUUGGGCAACAUUGAAAGGCUGUGAUGAGUUGAAGAGAGUAAAUAUCAAAUUUUGGGAUCGAACUAUGUACCCAAGCAAAAGGACGCCGUCAUGGGUGUUGAAACUACAUAGAGACCUGUUUGAGACGAUGUUUUCAGAACUGGGAAGUGCUGAGAUUCUUAGUGUCGACUUGGUGAUCCUUCAGGCAUUAUCUGAAAUCUCAGAGAUUCUUGACCAAUUGUAUUCUCCAUUCUAUAACAUGAAGUAUUUGAGGCUACCACGUGGAUGCGAGGAAUCAUAUAUAUCUCGUUCAGUGAGACGAUACUUGCUGGGCCGCUCUCCAAGUGCUACCAUUGUUAAAACAUAGUACCAGUUACUUAUUGACAUUUGACACAUAUACUAUACACCUCAAUUACUUGAGGUGUAGUCAAUUGUUAUUAUUACAAAAUACAGUUUAUGUAGUUUAUUUUUAUCA